AAUUUGGAGAAGAAUCAAAAGAACUUGUUGCUGAUGAAGAGGAAGACAGUGAUGAUGAUGUUGAACCUAUUUCUGAAUUUAGAUUUGUGCCUGGUGAUAAAUCAGCAUUGGAGGCAAUGUUCACUGCAAUGUGUGAAUGUCAGGCCUUGCAUCCAGACCCUGAGGAUGAAGAUUCAGAUGAUUAUGAUGGAGAAGAAUAUGAUGUGGAAGCACAUGAACAAGGACAGGGGGAUAUCCCUACGUUCUAUACCUAUGAAGAAGGAUUGUCCCAUUUAACAGCAGAAGGCCAAGCCACAUUGGAGAGACUAGAAGGAAUGCUUUCUCAGUCUGUGAGCAGCCAAUAUAACAUGGCUGGAGUUCGGACGGAAGAUUCAAUAAGAGAUUAUGAAGAUGGCAUGGAGGUAGACACUACACCAACAGUUGCUGGACAGUUUGAAGAUGCAGAUGUUGAUCACUGAAAAUGAUUUAUGCGGCUGGAAGAUUCUGCUUUAUAACUGUAGGAAAGGACUUGGUGCCUCUUCCUGUCUGGAGUGGGGUUGAUGAAAAUGUUUUUGCUUCUUCAAAACUCACUUGAGCCAGUUCUUUCUUGAAACAGCAAGUUGUCACCAGCAGAAGAAACUAUGACCUUUAUUAACAAAGGUGAAUUAACUAGGAAGGUAUUUGUAGUCUAUCACCCCUGAAUUUUCUGUGUCUGGUUCCCCUUUGGGUGGGUCUGUAAUUUCUGCCUUCACUGUAUAUGUCUUCUGUAAGCUAGCAGGCCUAUGUGGUGAAAUGCGCAGGAGCUGGGAGGUGUGGGUAGACUGGGUGGGAGAGGCUGAAGCUAAAAUAUGCCUCUUUGGGACUAAAGAUACCUUUAUCACUUAAAAAGAGAGAGAUCUCAGAGGAAUCCUAUCUGCUGCUCAUUCACAGAGUCUUUUACUGAAAUGGGACCCAGAUUAAUUCAGCAUCACUAGGUGACCUCUUUGGAAACCUCCCAGGCACUUGUACCACACUUCCACAGAUGCUUCUGACUAGCCUUUGCUCCUUCCACCGUGCUUCCCUGUCUGCUCUGUUACAACCUCUGGGGUUAUCUCUGGUUUCCAGUCGCUAGGCUAGUUUUCUGUAACAGAACAAGUGAAACUGUUAUGAAGCCCUCAAAGUACUUCAAAUGAUAACUGUUUUGUCUUUGUAAUAGCUUAACAAAUAAAUCUAGGUUUUCU